AUCAUCACUCGAUAUUCUAUUCCGUGAGUUUUUAACAAGGGGCUUCCAGGAACCACCAUUCCCGAUCCGUCUAGGAGCUUUUCGCAACGCAUUCGGCAUUGUGUGAUACAUCGAUCUGAAUUUUAGUUUGUCAUUUGCAUUUGCUGCCACAAGCUAUUGAUUCAGGCAAUUAUCCUGCAGUUGCCGUCAUAUGCUAUUCUCCUGAUUCCGUUACCAAUCGUCAAUAUUCUACCCCUUUCUUUGUGACUUGCCUACGAGCAUGGGCAAGAAAAAGAAUAAGAAGAAGACUCCCUUCACACCAUUCCCUGUUGAACCCCAGGCCUCUGCAGAUGCCAACAAUGAAGGGGACGCUGAACAGACUACCGAGGAGAAUCAAUCGAAGCCUUCAGAAGAAACUCCAGCGCCCGCUAACGAUAACCCACCGUCAGAGGCAAAGGAUGAAGAACCGGCCACUCAAACUGAGGAGAAGGCCGAAGGCGAAGAGAGCGGAGGGGAUGUCACAGCUAAUGGUGAUUCGACUGAAGUUACCGAUGCGCCAGCAGAAUCUGUAGAGAAAGAGGGAGGCGAAAACGACACCCCCACGGACGCGCCAGCAGAGGAGACCGCAUCUACAGAGGCUGUCACAACAGAAGAUGUGGCUCCAGCUGAAAACACCCCGCGCACGGAAGACACUCCAGCGGUGGAGGACACUCCAUCAUCAGAGGAUGGUUCACCCGAAGAGAAUUAUCCAUCGACAGAUGAUGCUCCACAGGUAGAAGAUGCUACGCCCAUAGAAGAAAACCCAGCAAAUGGGACAUCAGAAGAGAGUAGUCCAACCCCUGAAGAGCCGUCCGAAGAAAAGCAGAAAGCAGAAGCUGCUCCAACAGAUGAGAAAUCCGCAGAAGAACAGCCUCCAGAAGACCAACCCAAAGAAGAAAACCAGCCAGACGAGGUGGUGGUAGAGGAGCCAGCACCUACUGAUACUGCAGCAGAGAAUACUGCAGCAGAUGGAGCAUCAGAAACUCCUUCAGCGGAAGCAGCAGAUUCAACAAACCCCGAAGCCACAGAAUCCGAGCCCGCUAAUGAAGAGCAAGAAAGUCCUGAACCACCCAAGAAUGAAUCGACUGGGGGAAAUCCCAAGAAGAACAAAAAGAAAGAUAAGAAGAAUAAAAAGAAGAAUGCACCCUCUGAGCCAGAGCCAGAAGCUCCAGCGAUACCUGAGGGACCACCCGCUGAAGAAGCCACUAAAGUCGAUUUACCGGUAGAAGAAAAACCAGUUGAAGAGUCAUCAAACCCAACAGAGGCCUGGGAGGGGUUUGGUGGUGGUAAAAAAUCGAAGAAAAAGAACGGGAAGAAGGGGAAAAAAAAGAGUCAGGCUCAGGACACUCCAGCAGAAGAAGCACCUCAGGAGGUAGUAUCGACAGAAGAUUCUGCUGCUGUCGAUCCACCCACGGCAGACACAACCGAACAAGCAUCGACGGAAGAUACACCGACCCCCGCGGAACCAGUCGCCGAGCAGCCAGCUACUGAAGAACCAACCGGUGGAGAAGCGGUUGCUGAAGCUCCGGUUGUUGAGGAACCCGUCGUUGAGAAUCUGCCCGCUGAGGAAGAGAAGGGCGACGGCCCUGAACAGGAAGCACCCCCCGUUGAUGAAACUUCCAAAGAGCUUCAUGAAGCAGCCCCGGCAGAAGCCACUCAGACAACGGAAGAAGGAGAAGAACCCUCGUCUGAAGAAGCUGUUCCUGAGGCUAGCCAGGAAGAACCUGCUGCAGAAGACUCUACACCGGAAACUUCUGCGGAGACCCCAGCAGAGACUGUUAAGGAUGCCAAGGAAGAUGCUUCAACCGAGGAACCGUCAUCUGCGAAUGUCUCCACAGAUGAUACGACAGUCACUCCAGCUGAGGAGAUCUUAGAAGAAAAAGAUCAUGCUGACGAUUUACUCGACAGCUGGGAUGACGAACUCGAUGCAUUAGAAGGGGCUGAUGAGGCCCACGACGGAAAAGGAAAUGAGAACGAUGAUGACCAUUUCUCUGAGAUUGACUUUUCUGCAGAACAAGACAGCAUUCAGGCGGAAAAGGAAGCCGAGGCAAAACAAGCGGAGGAUGACGCCGAAGAGGAAGCGUCGGCAGCAGCCGAACCAGUUUGGGGAGAGGGGGAUAGUGCUCAAAUUGAUGCACACGAUGACGAAGAAACAAAGGCUGCAGAGGAGGCUGUCGUUCCCGAGGCUGAAUCUGAGGCACGAGAAGCCGCAGCAGAGGUAGAGGAGAAGACUGAGUCGACUGAAGAGGAAUCUCCCGCGACAGAAGAACCUCAACCAGACCCCCUCGAAGAGACUUCUACUGAUGCGCCAGAGACUAAUGAGGAAUCUGUUACCCCUAAAGAAGCUGAGGCCGUAGAAGCUGCUGCAGAUGACCAAACUAUCGAAGAGCCUGCGAAAGAGGAAGCUCAGCCGGUGGAAGAAGAAACCCCUACAGCAGAAGACGAAAUGGUAUCCGAAGAACCUGAAGCGUCUUCCGCUGAAGUAGACACCGCUGAUGAAGAGCUCAAAGCCAAGAUACCAGAGGAAACGGCUACCGAAGACGCUACUCCCGAGGAAGUGCCAGCUGAGGAUACGCCACAGGAGGAGUCUGUGAUCGACGAGGCCACUCCGGAGCCCGCUCCAGAGGAGACAAUUGUCGCAGAUGACCCCAAGGACGAGCUUGCCGAGGAACCAGCUCCUGAGGAAGAGGUUGCCGCAAAGGAGACGGGAGAAGAGCCAGUCGAGAAGCCAGCUACAGAACCUGCAUCAGAGGAAUUGCCAGCGGAUGACAAGCCAGAGGAAACAUCCCAAGCCGAAGAACCUGCUGUGGAGGAAGCAUCAGCUCCUGAGCCGGUGGCUGAAGAACCCGCUGCUGAGGAAGUCGCGGCCGCCGAACCAGUAGAAGAAAGUCCACCUGCUGCAGAAGCAGCAAAGGAUGAACCUGCCGAAGAAGUUGUUGCUGAAGUCGCCGCUGACGAAACACUAGCUGCGGAAGCGCCAGCGGAGGAGGCCCCUGCUGAAGAAGCGCCUGCUCCAGUAGAAGUAACAGUACCGGAGGAGGCAGCUGAACAAGUGGCUGAAGGCGAGCCAGUGGAAGCUCCUGCUGCCGAAGGUGCUACUGCCGAAACUCCCAGCGAACCUGUCAACGAGGAACCACUAGCGAAGGAAGCACCCGUGGAGGAGCCAGCUCCAGAGGCUACAGAGCCUACUAUUGAAGCAGAUAUCAUAGAUCGGGUACCUCAGGAAGUGCUCGAAACCAACGAUCCCGGUGAAUCAGCUGUUGUUGAUGAUGAUCAGCCUAUCGUUGAACGUGAACCUUCUUCCCGCAGAAGACGACGCCACACUUCUGGCUGGACUCGAGACAGACCUUCAAGAACCUCCAUGGAAAACAGCAGAGGCCAAUCGGAACGUUCAAGGGAAACCGGCAGAGGUCAGCUGGAACGUCCAAAGGGCGACGGUGGUCUAUUAAAAAACCGAUGGGCAAUGGCACUUGAAGAGGCUCGCCGACAACAAGAAGCUAAGCAACGGAAAGAAGCGAAGCUAAAGCUUGAAAGAGCCCAGGAGAAGCAAAGACAAGAAGAAGCAGCUCGUCGGGCUAAGCGAGAGGCAGAAAGGGAGAGCCUUCGCGAAUCUGAGCGUCGCAAAAGCAAGGAGAUCAGAAGCAGUGGUCGGACAAGACAUCAUUCGUCCGACCACUCCUCAAGCCGAAGCCGACACAAGCGAGGAGAAGCAUCGCCAAAGCCAGAGUCUGACCCUCUUGCGCGCAAGGUGAUUGAAUCUUUGACUACGGGAGAAUCAGAUACCAAUGGACCGUUACUUGUCAUCAAUGCCGCUAAGGCGGUUGCUGCCGUGUCCGCAGUUCCCGAGUCAAGGUUGGCGCGAAGGUCAUCUACACAUCAUUCCGGCCAUAGUCGUCGCUCUCACGAGGAGAGAGCAUCCGGUGGUUCCAGAGAUGAGACGAGGCGAGAACGGCCACAUCGGUCCGAGCGUCGUAGGGAGGAGCCCACAGAGGAACGACGUCGACAUCAUGAAAAUCGUCGAAGAGAUGAGCGUACAGCAGAACAUGCGCAUAGUUCUCGUCGACAAACGCAAGAACAAAACUCAAAGUCUGGAUCCGGCUCUGCACCUGGAUCCUCUCGACUCGGUGGUUUGUUCAAAUCGAUUAGGGUGUUUUAGAUUGUGUUCCUUUUUGCUCUCAGAUAGAGAGGGUGUAUGAUGGUUUUAUUGUUUGCUUUGUUUUUCAAACUUCGACAAAAUGUUGCAUCGCGAUGCGGGAAUCUGGAGCGUUACUCUUCUAUCAUGUACUUUCUUAUACAUAUUGCUCUCAUGAGCUUUUUGGGUUUCGCUUCAUUAUUGGUUGACUGUAACGACUGCUACUUGACGAAUUCACGAGAGUGAUCAAUAUUAUUGAUGAUUAC